AUGUCUGUCACCACCACCGCGAACGAAACCUACUACAACACCGUCAACGUCCUCGCCGACUACGAACUCCACCACUCUCGAUCCUCCCCUUCGAACACCGCACCGCCACCCAAUCCCAAUCCGAACCCGGCAGCAGCGCAAGAGAACCCGGACAACUGGCCCACCGAUCGCCGGCGCAUCCCUCACUAUCGCCCAGUCCAGCCCGACCUGGACCUGAGCCAGAGGAGGGUUUAUCUCAACCCGGCGGAACGCGUUUUUGUGACGGUCAUGUUCAUAGGCGUCUGGGCGAACGGGAGUGCAGCGCAACUUUGGAGGAAGACGGGUGGAAGGUUGUGGAAUAUUCAGUAUCCUAUCGGGGGUGAGUUCUGA